AUGGAAGGCGGAGAGGCUAGUGCCGUCGUCGCGCCCACGUUCAAGACGCGGCGCGGAAGCGGCGGAGCCAUCUACGACAAGUACCUGAAUAUCAAGAACAAUGUGUUGUCCACCGAGAACGGCGAUGCUCCCACCAAGAAGAGCACGGAGAUCUCCAACUCAACGGAUGAACAAGAACUCGAAGCUGGAGAAGUGGUCAGUACUGAAGAGAAUGAUGCUGCAUGUGCCAACGGACCCUCGGGCCUCGGCGUGUCUACUGUUUCUGCUGAUGGCAAGCGAGAGCCCGAGGUGGAGCCACAGGCACAGCCUCGGCCUCAGCAGGCAUCGGCAGACACGCCGCAGCCCGAGGCGUCUGCCCCUGCUGUAGAAGAUAAUACCCCACUAACGGCUGUUGGCACUUCUUGUGCGUCUGCUGCUGCUUCUACUGUUGUUGCACCUGCUGCUUCUACUCCAACUCCUGUGGAUGCUCUGACUAACGCUGUUGACGCACCGACUGCUGCUCCGAUGUCACCUUCCGCUGCUGCGUUCGAACGUGCUCGUGAACCUGCACUAUCGCCCCCUCCGUCACCAUCUCGUUUGCCGCCGAAUGAACAGUAUGCAGCAAUGCGAGUGGGCACACCAGUUAGGAUGACCAACAACGGGCGUGAUAUGACAUCACCGAGAAUGGGAGGACCAGGAGGACCCAUGUCGCCGAGAAGAGGAGAUAUGAGAUCACCGAGAAUGGGAGGACCAGGAGGACCUCCGAGAGGACGUAGCCGAAGUCGUGAUCGUAAUGGAAUGCCAGGUGAUAUGAAUGGAGGUCGUCCUCGAUCGCCGCCUCGUGGCCCGCCUGGAAAUGGACACUUUGACGGACCUCCUCACAGAGACAAUGGACCACACUUGAACGGAAGACCUGGUAGUCCUCCUCGUGAUGGAUUUGGUGGUAGACCUGGCAGCCCAGGCUUUAACGGCAGACCUCGCAGUCCGCCUCGUGGACGACCUGGUAGCCCAGACUUUAACGGCAGACCUCGUAGUCCGCCUCGUGGACGACCUGGCAGCCCAGGCUUUAACGGCAGACCUCGUAGUCCGCCUCGUGGACGACCUGGCAGUCCACCGCGUAAUGGCUUUGGUGGUGGACGUGGUAGCCCCCGUCGCGACGGAUUCAAUGGCCCACCUGGUAAUGGCCCUCGCAGCCCGCCGCGUAAUGGAUUUGGUGGUGGACGCGGUAGCCCCCGUCGCGACGGAUUCAAUGGCCCUCCUGGUAAUGGUCCCCUCGGUAAUGGCUCUCGCUCUCCACCCCGCGAUGAUUUCCGACGUGGUCCAAUGAGUCCAGGGCGAGGUGGUCCACCAAGAGACUUUCGUGACGGCCCAGGCCCAGGACGAGGCAGUCCCCGCGGCGGAAUGAUGGGCGGCCGUGGCCCUGGUGGUCGUCGCAGCCGCAGUCGCAGUCCUCCGCGCAACGGCAAUGUAUUCGGGCCUGGACCUGACCAGCGACCGGGAUCUGCUGGCCCACGUAGUCCACCGCGAGGGCCUGGACAAAGGAGCCCACCGCGGGGUGGUUUUGACGGUCGUGGCCCCGGCGGCCCACCUCCAUUCGAUGACAGAGGCAGAGGUCCCUUUCCAAUGGGGCGUCCUCCGAGUCCUAUGCGUGGCGGUGGCUUUGGACCUCGACCUGAUGGGCCUCCAAACAUGUUUCCUCCCCGCGGACGGAGUCGCAGUCCGAAUCGCCCGCCUCCAGGUGGUGACAUGAUGCGCAAGAGAGACCGAAGCUGGGAACGCGGAGGUCCUCCGCCAGACAUGAUGAGGCGCCCAUUUAACGGACCUGGGGGUCUGCCGGACAGUCCUCGCAUGAUGGAGCCUCGUCCCUAUGACACUCCAAGUGAAUGGAACUUUGAAUUAAAGCGCAGUGGCAAGGUCAAGUGUCGCUGCAGUGCUACGUCUCUCUCGGUUGGCUUAAACCGUCAAUUGUACGUUCAGUGGUCAUAGGAAUUGCUUUGUAGUCGUUCCGGACCAGCAAGUCUCACGCAUUUCUAUCAUGUCAUGUAGACCGUUGUAUCUGGACGUCGUGGCACUGCCUCACUUGAACAAGUCGGCCGAGUUCCUGCAGCUCGAGCGGCCGAACGUACGAAGGGUCGUGUAUGAGCUCAAGCCCGAGUCGAUGGCCGACUCGCGGGGCUACCGGGAGUUCGUGGACUACCUAAUCCAAGGUCGCGGUGGCCAUGCACGCGCUGGAGGAGCUGCAGAAAUGGAUCCACAGGGCUUCAAAGUGUUUAUUCUGCCUCCUGGCCAAGCAGCACGUCAGCUUGGCUACAAGGGAGAUCAUAUGAUCGUCGUGCUGCGCUCGCGUUGACCAAUCCAACGGCGUUGGCUGGCUGUUUCGUUCGCCCCCCCCCCCCCCCCCCCCUCAUCUGACUGACAAGAUGUGCGACUGGAGACUCGACUGAUUUAAGCGCUAGCGUGUCUUGUCCAAGUUGAUUGCAUUGCAUAGCCUGAGUUUUCGUCCAUCUGUAGUUGUUUAAGCUAAUUAACAAGGUGCCUGAAGUGUCC